UUUCCACUUUCCACUUCGUCUUUAAGUUUCAAGUUUUAACAGCUAUAUACAUACAAGUCACUCUCGGUUAUCAUUUCGCGCUUUUAGCGUGACCUCUCUCACACUCUCUCUCUCUCUCUCUCUCUCCGAAGCUUUUUUUCAUUUCCAAAAACAAACAAGCAAAACCUUCACUCUUACAAUUGCAGAAUGGGUGCAGGGAGGAAAACACAAACAUCUAUUGUUAAUGAAAACGCACCUUCUCCAAAGUCAGUGAAUGGCUCUACAGCUGUCAGAAAUUUGAGUAAGAGUCACCUGGGUGGUGUCAUAUUUGGUUGCAAGAACAGUACCAUGAAAGAAUGCUUAUUUAAACAACUCUUUGGCUUACCAGCUCAACACUUUUCAUAUGUGAAGAAUAUUGAUCCUGGCUUGCCACUGUUCCUAUUCAACUACAAUGAUAGAAAACUUCAUGGAAUCUUUGAGGCUGCUAGCAAUGGCCAAAUGAAUAUUAACCCCUAUGGCUGGACCACUGAUGGUUCAGAGAGGACAUCAUAUCCUGCACAGGUUCAGAUUCGUGUCCGCCUACGGUGCCAACCACUACUUGAAAAUCAGUUUAAACCAAUAAUUUCUGACAACUAUUACUCGCAGAACCAUUUCUGGUUUGAGCUAGAUCAUGCUCAAGCAAGUAGGCUCAUGUCAUUAUUAUCAUCUUUAGUGGUUGCUCCAAGUGCUUCUGUACCACAGAAUACUGCAAAGUGGAAAACUAUUUUUCAAGCACUUCCCCCAAAUGACGCUGGAGAGGAAGGAGAAGGUUUUAAGCCACUUUCUUUGGAAACUGAGCAUUCAAAUUACUCUAGUUGGAAAUCAGAUUCUGCAGUUGUUGCUUCUUCGUUUGAUGGAAAUAACCAGCCAUUGGGAGCUCGCUUGGACACAAAGCUAGUUAAACAAGAUGAGAAAGACAUUAUAUUCAUGAAAUUGAAAGAAUUGUCACUUCAGCCAGUGAGCUCUAGCUCAAAUGGGACCUCCUUCCCCUGUAAUAGUCAGGUGGAGGGUCAAGUCAUAGGUUCAAGGCCCAAUGGUCCUGUGUGUGACUUACCAAUCGAAAGAAAAGAAUUGGCUGUUCCAAUGUCAGGUUAUGUAGACGAUACUGCUGUUCUGAAUGGUAUUCAGUUGGAGGACAAAGGUUUUCAAGUGGAACCAACGGGUGUAGAAGAGAAGAAUGAAGAGUGUCCUCAUUCAUCAUCUGAGGGUCAGUUGAUCAUAGCUCAGUUGAUUCAAGAGGUGCAAGAGCUAAAGGCCUUUAGAACAGAACAAAUUCAGAAGACGAGUAUUUUGGAGCAGAAGCUGAUGGAGGCUGAAAGGGAAAUUCAGCGGUUGAAAGAUUGUUGUGUGAUGAUGUUGGAACCUGAGUCCAAUCCUUCUGUGGCACUUGUUAAUGAGACAGUUAGUGAGGUGAUUGAUGAGCUCCAUUUGGAUCAUAAUGAGUCAGCUAGUGAGGAGAUUGAUGAGCUGCAUUUGGAUCAGAAUGAGUCAGUUAAUGAGGUUAUUGAUGAGCUCCAUUUGGAUCAUGAUGAGUCAGUUAGUGAGGUGAUUGAUGAGCUCCAUUUGGAUCAUAAUGAGUCAGUUAGUGAGGUGAUUGAUGAGCUCCAUUUGGAUGAUAAUGAGUCAGUAUUUCUAGUAGGAGGAUAUGAUGGUAAAUCAUGGUUGUCAUCAUUAGAUUCAUAUUAUCCUUCUCAUGAUGUGAUCAAAUCUCUUAAGCCAAUGAGCUGUGCCCGUUCAUAUUUUUCGGCUGCACAGUUGAAUAAUGAUCUUUACGUAUUUGGAGGUGGUUCAGGUCAAGAUGGUUCGGAGUGGUAUGACACAGUUGAGUCAUACAGCCUAGCAAAUGAUCAGUGGACCUCACGACCUUCACUGAAUCAGAAAAAGGGAAGUUUAGCUGGAGCUACUAUAGAUAACAAAAUAUUUGCCAUUGGUGGGGGGAACAAUGUGGAAUGCUUUUCAAAUGUUGAAAUGCUUGAUUUGGACAUUGGAAGAUGGAUCCCAACACGGUCAAUGCUACAAAAGCGCUUCGCUGUUGGUGCAGUGGAACUGAACGGCGCUCUUUAUGCUUCUGGUGGUUAUGAUGGGAAGGAUUACUUGAUGUCUGCUGAAAGAUUUGACCCUAGAGAACACUCUUGGACCAAAAUUGCGAGUAUGAAUACAAAGAGGGGCAGCCAUUCCCUGGUUGUUUUGAAUGAAAAGUUAUAUGCUCUUGGUGGAUUUGAUGGAAGUAGAAUGGUUUCAAGUGUUGAAAUGUUUGAUCCCCGUCUUGGGUCAUGGAUGAGUGGGGAACCAAUGAAAAAUCCUAGGGGAUAUUUUGCUGCUGGUGUCAUCAACGAAUCUAUCUUUGUAAUGGGAGGAAUUAAAGUUGGCCAAAACAUUCUUGAGACGGUUGAAACUUACAAGGAUGGUCAGGGUUGGCAAGAAACUCAGACAACGACCAUUGGGAAAAGGUGCUUCCUGUCAGCUAUUGUUAUGAAAGGGAUUUAAAAUUCCGUGUAAUACUUAGGAUAUUGCAUCUGGUACAAUUCAUCCUAUCCGGGUGCAAUACCUAGGGCACUUUCACGGUAUUGAUACUAUUCAUUUGUAUAGAACGAUAGGUUGAUUGAGUGAUGGGCCUGAUGGCCAUUAAGAUAGGCACUUUAUAGAAUCGUCUCAGCCAUUUUGUUUUUGCGGAAGGCCAUGGGAUGAAUGGACAUACGUCAGAAAAUAUUCUAGCUUUAGCGUGAA